UAUAUAAUAAAAACACCUGAAGUCAUGAACGGAAACUACCUCAUAUGUACAGAGUUAACCACAUCCUACCACGAUUGUGCACUACGGUUAUAACCAACGCAGUUCGAUCUAGGUGUGUGUAAAGAGACAACGAAUUUGUUAGUCAAUAAAAUAUCUCUGGACACAGAAGUAGGCUAUAAGUUCUCGCUGAAACGGAUUAUUAUCUCGUGGAUUGUUACUUUUGAAUAUUUUUUCAUCAUUUUUAUGGCAUUAUCUGUAUAAGUUUCUUCCAACUUAGCAGCGAUAUAACUAAGUGCGAUCAUCGGUGUAUAUUCACAUGAGACUAGACUGAUAAGGUCCAAAUAUGGUGUCCCAGACGCUGUUAAUUGCCAGUGUAACGUGCUUUUGCAUCAUAUUGCAAAGGACAGAGGCUCAAAUCAGCACUAUCUUGGCAGGAUCAGGAACAAUCAAGUCUCCAAACUUUCCACAUUGGUACCCUAACGAGCAGCGGAUAGAAUGGCAGAUACAGAGUCCUCCAAACACGCACAUCCGGAUACGUUUCCUUCUUUUCAUUUUGGAGGAAAGUGGAAAUUGUGUUUCAGACGCCUUGUCAGUUUACGACGGGUUUGGGAGCAAUCAUUCACCGUUAUUGGGCCGUUUCUGUGGAAGUGAAGUUCCUCCGAUGCUGGAGUCCAGCUCCUCAUUCAUUACGGUCCAAUUUGUAUCCGAUUUACAUGAACAAAAUGAAGGAUUCGUUUUUGCAUACGAGGUCGUUGAUGACAUACUCGGAUCACGGAUAAUAUGGGCCGAAGUACAUCCGGAAACUGAGAUGGCGCGGUUAUCAAGUUUAAAUGCUGAUCCGCGUAAUGUGCUAACACCCAAUGGCCAUAUCCGAUCCUUUAUCACUACUGAGGUCCACUAUCAGUUACCUCGUGGAAGAUGGGGUUCUGUAGGCAUCAACUAUGGAAAACAACAAAUAAUCUGGAGCGAUAAAGGGAUGAAAAUGAUAAUGUCUGGUACAAUUGAAGAAAAUGGUCGAGCUGGUUCGUUUUUUCAUGGCACCUCAGAUUCUGUUAGUGGCAUCGCCGUUGAUUGGUUGACGGGUAAUGUGUAUUGGAUUGACGGUGUGUAUGACUGGAUUCUAUUACACAAUUCAAACGGAUCUCGGUACGAUAUCAUAAUUGAUGACGGUCUUGAUCAACCUGGUGGAAUAGCGAUUCAUCCAAUCAGAAGCUUUCUGUUCUGGACAGAUGCUGGAGUCGAACCUAAGAUAGAGCGGAGUGAUCUAGCUGGUGGUAACCGGAUUAAACUGGCCACUACCGACGUGGUCACACCACGUGGAAUUACCGUGGAUUACGACACUAACUUAGUGUAUUGGGUGGAUUCUGAUCUGACUGGCAACCGCGUCGAGGUUUGUGAUAUCUUUGGUUUCAACAGACGACUAUUAACCCGCACAACUACCAAUGAGGGAUUCUUUGAUCUAACAAUUUUUACGGACUAUAUAUACGUCAGUGGAGAAAAUUCCAGCACCUUGCAUGCAUUCGUGAAGGAUACCGGCCAGUUUAUUUUCAGUCUUAAUCUGCCUUGCAGACCGUUUGGCAUUGUCACCUACGCACCAGAUACACAGCCACCAGCAGUGUCUCAUUGUAGCAGUAACCCAUGUAGCUACCUUUGCGUAGGUGGUGGAGCCGAUGGUUUUACGUGUCUGUGUGGAACUGGGAGACUGUUGGCCCCAGAUGGAAGAACAUGUCGAGAUGAACGAGCCAUCAGUCCACCCCAACUAUUUGUUGCCUCUCGGACAAAGCUUUCCAGAUAUCCAAGUAAUUUUCCCGACUUUCCCAUCACUGAUAACUACAAUAUAACCAACAUGUUAACUAAUCGCAAUCAUGCCGUUGCUCUAGCCGUCGAUCUGGAAGAUGGUUUGGUGUUCUAUAGUGAUGUCGCAACUAAAGCCAUAGGGAUGGCAAGCUUGAGGUUUGGCUCGACUGUCCGCUACAUUACGGGAGCAACCAGCUCAGUCGAAGGAAUGGCUGUUGACUGGUUGACAAAACACUUGUACUGGACGGAUAAUCAUAGGGGAACUAUUGAAGUAUCUCGCUACGACGGAUCAUAUAGAACAACUCUUCUUAAAGAGAAGAUCCUCAGACCAAGAAGCAUUGUCAUCGAUCCUGCCGAAAAAAUAAUGUUUUGGACAGAAUUUGGACCGCCUUGUCAGAUUGAACGAGCCUCUUUAGACGGUACACAAAGGAUUGAAAUCAUAAGCCACUCUCAAUGCGCACUUCAAAUGAGUGGCCUUGUCAUUGAUUAUGAAGAACAAAGACUAUACGUUGGUGUUGUCAAUCGAGGAGUUAUUAUCAGUGUUAAUUACGACGGCGGAGAAAUGAAGCACGUUCUUUCCAAGACAAAUUCGUUAUUUUUCGAUCUUGCCAUUUACAAGGAUUACAUUAUGUGGACCGAGCUUAAACAAAACCAAGGUAUAUACGUAAGCAACAAGGAGACUGGAAAAGCAGUCAGGGAAUUACCAAUGAGAGAGGCAGUGUAUGGAAUUACGAUGUACGCCGACACCAGGCAGCAUAUAAUACACAAUCCAUGUAGAUCUCAUAACGGUGGAUGUCAACAGUUAUGCCUAAAUUCCUACAAUCAUUCGAACGGAUACGUUUGCCGUUGCACCAUGGGAUACAAUCUAGCUGAAAACGGCAGAGACUGUCAGUCAAAUUUGGUGGAUCAUGACUUUCUCCUAGUAACGGAUACGUAUCAUCGUGGUAUAUAUCAGGUGAACAUCAACUCCAAUUUCAAACCUCAGGCACUGCGAUUGAAUGGGCUAAAAAACCCUAUUGGAGUUGGUUUCGAUCAGAGUGAAAAUAUGGUGUAUUGGACAGACGUCGAAAAACGAGAGGUCAACCGCGCUACCGUUGAUGGAAGCUGGCAAGAAACUAUAGCAAUAGAAAAUAUUGGACAACCAGACGGCAUUGCUGUGGACUCGAUCUCAAAGUUGGUUUAUUGGACGGAUCUUGCUAUGCGUUCUAUAUCUGUAUCAACGCUAGAUGGAUUGGACCGUAAAACGCUUGUUAAAAAUCUUGUUAAACCGAGAGCUAUAGUUCUUCAUCCAGUUGAAGGUAUAAUGUUUUGGAGCGACUGGCGGAGUAGUGCGGUGAUUGAACGAUCUUACAUGGAUGGAAACAUGCGUAGAGUUAUUAUAGACACAGGUUUGAGAUGGACUAACGGGUUAGCUUUAGACUUUCAAGAUAAUCGUCUAUACUGGUGCGACGGUGGCCUGGAUUUAAUAGAGUCUAGUGAUUUCUCUGGUCAUGACCGUCGAGUUGUCCUCAACCUUGGUGAAGGAUACCAUGCCUUUGGGAUAUCAGUUAUUGAUCAGUCGGUCUAUUGGAGUGAUUGGAGAGUUCGAGACAUGUUAAGAGCAGAUAAACUGACUGGAUUGAAUAAACAUGUGCUUGGUAACAAUAGCUUUGCCAGGCCCAACGCCAUCUUUGCAGUCAGCAAUAAUUCUCUUCCUACAGGUAUCAAUUCAUGUUCAGAUGACAAUGGAGGUUGUUCAACUCUCUGCUUACCUACGGCCAUUGGUAGAACAUGCGCAUGCUCAGAUGAUGUAGAUUUGGCAGGGGAUGGUGUCACAUGUGUAUCAGAACUGAACAUUGAAUGCCCGUUGGACUUCAUGUACGGAGGUGUAGAAGAGUCGUGUGACAGAUCCCCCGGAAGUAAUUGUUCAGUAAUAUGUUACUCGGAUCUUGUUCCGGCUGUAGACUUCAUCAUUUGCCAGAGCAGCGGUAGCUGGGACAUACAAAAAAGUGACAUUUGUCGAGAGGAACAUUGCUCGGAAUUAGAUGUACCAGACCACGCGAUAUUCUCAGGUCCUUGUAAUCCACCAUACGAUCAGGGUAAGCUCUGUAUUCUAGAGUGUGAACCUGGUUACAUGAGAACGAGCGGGAAACCAAGAAGAGUUUGUUCACAUGGUGGAGAAUGGCUAGGGACACCUAUUGUCUGUCAAGAAAUAGUUGAGGAAUCACCUGAAGGUGAAUGUAACAGUGACCUGGUUUUCCAUGAGACACCUGAAGACAUAUCUCCUGUACACAACGAUCUGGUGCAACAAUCAUGUACUACCAAUUACCCACUGGCAGAUAUCACGUGGUACAAAGAUGGCGUACGACUCAUGACAGGUUCUGUUAAUGGGAUAUAUAUACUACCUUCAAAUGAUCUUCUUAUUCCUGGUUUUGACACACAUCAUCAAGGUCAAUAUUCAUGUGUGGCUUCUUUCUCAGGUCGAGAAUGCCUUAGAGUCGAUGUUCAGUUUGCAUUCGAUCCAUACCGCCAUUUUGAAGCUGUUCCUAUUAAUGCAUCGUUGGAAGUUGGUGAUCAUUAUUUGUUUGAAUGCCAAGCAAAGUCAGCUCUUGAUUCAAUUGAAUGGUGGAAGGAUGGAACAAGAGUCUCUCAAACAGAACAAAUCAUUUUGAUUUCAGGAGGGAGUCUUUUGAUCAGGAAUAUUGUUAGUCAAGAUUCAGGAAAAUACACAUGUAUGGUAUCGGAUCAACGAGGCAAUAUGAGAGGAGAAGCCCAUGCAUGGCUUACUGUAGCAGAUAUGAACCUACCUAACAUCAAUAUUACACAAGUCUGCGGGACGAUCACAGCCCCUGAAGCCAUUAUUUCAACCACUAUAGCCCCGAGGGAAGGAAGAGUGGUAGGCGGGCACCAGUCACUCCCUGGCUCUGCUCCUUACAUGGGCCGCAUUUGGCACAAAGCGGAACGAAGUUUCGUCUGUGGAGCCACACUGAUAAGCCAGCGAUGGGUCUUGACUGCAGCACAUUGCAUCGUCUUAUACAGGCUUGACUUUCGGGAUAUUCUUCUCUACUUUGGCGACCACGACACCAUGACAACGGAAGACCAUCAGGUUAUUGCUGAGGUAGACCAGAUCAUUCAACAUGAAGACUUCGAUCAAGAUAACUUUAACAAGGACAUCGCUCUUAUCCGUCUGAAGCAACCCUUUGAGGAAUUUACCAACUACAUUCGUCCGAUAUGUCUUCCACCUGUCUGGCUGGCUAAGUCACUCUUGCAGACUGAUAGGAUGGGUAGGGUGACUGGUUGGGGUCAAAUAGCUGAAGGUGGACCAUACCCCAGGUACCUUACUGAGGUUGAACUACCAGUCGUUAGGAUCAAGAGGUGUAAAGAUGCCACCGAGUAUGAGGUGACCAAGUUUAUGUUCUGUGCUGGGUAUUCCGCUGCUGAAGAUAAGAAAGAUGCAUGUCAAGGAGAUAGUGGUGGACCAUUUGCUAUGCAACAUGAAGACAGAUGGUAUCAGCUAGGCAUAGUCAGCUGGGGAGAAGGAUGUGCAAGGGAUGGCAAGUACGGCUAUUAUACCAAGAUCUUACGACUGUUGUCAUGGAUCGAGAGAAACACUUCAUAGUAGUCCUUUUACAAUCAAAUCUUGCCAAUUUAUGAUAUAACUUUGAUAUCAGAUGUUCAUACGAUAUUAAUGUGAGAGAUAGAUUCUGCAUUAUUAUCACUUACAAAGUAGUGUGGACUUUCUCAGAAAUCGAACAGAUAUGAGAUUACUCUACAGGAGUGGAGAAGUUGUGUAAGUCUAACUAGGGAAAAAGGGUAUUUUUCUUGUCUAAUAUCAUUAAAAUUAGCAUAUUUUACAACUGAAGUUUUAUAAUUUGUUCUGACCGAUUUGUCUACAUUGAUAUAUUAUUAUAAGAAAUUAAUCGAAAUGAAUUUUGAGCAAAUUAUUAAAAGCUAGAGCAGGGGAGGUUGUUCCGAUAGAAUAAAAUCUUUUUGAAGAGGAUUAUUAUCAUCGAAUUCCGAGUACUUCGAAUUCGAUUAGAAAUAAAGGACACGCAGUUUAGCUGAAUGAGACUCACUCAGUUAUUUGUAUACAGGAUAAAGUGCAUGAUUAAACCAGGGAAGUGUUAUAGACUGAAGAUAUCAUUUGCAUUCUUCUAAAGAAUAUAAAAGAUUCUUUUUCAUUUGAGCUCGGGGCAUGAUCAUAGGAAUUUCGAUUUACUUGCACGAUAUAUGGUAAUGCGUAGAAAAGGAAUUGUUAAUUAUGACUUUCAACAGCAUAAAACAGCAAUUAGAUUCUUUAAAAAUCGAACUCAAUAAGCUUCAUUUAUGAAACUAUUUAAAUGUAUUAGUCUCUUUUGUAGUCAUGUUAGUUACAUUAAAAGAAAACAAAACUUACGGAAUAUCAAUUAAAUCAAAAGAAAGGAUAAAGGUAUCAAUUAAAAAAAAUAAAAUCGGUUACGAAUUGAAAAGGCUUGGAAAGUUAAAAAAGCUCAAUGGGUUGUCUAUGGUGACCCUCAAAUGAUGAUGACGAUAAUGAUGAUUAUUAUAAUAAUGAUGAUAAUUGUGAUUUUUAAGGCAUUAUAUUCAUUUUGAUAUAAAUGUUCAAGGCACAUAGAUGAAUAAGAAAAACAAAAUAGCAUGAAAUUAUACAUACACAGGGUCAUAUGUCUUCAAAUUUACAGAUCCCUGAUGCCAACGAAGUUGGCAUCAGGGAUCUGUCUACGCCUAGCAUGGGCCUAGCAUGAACAGAAGCCCCCCCCCCACAUUUUAUUUCACUUAGGAAACAAAGGAUAUCCUGAGUUUUUCAUGGUGUAUAGACAUGAUAGAAGGACAGACCCAUGGACACAAUGAUAUGAAAACAGAACUUCACUUUCACUUAUUAACAAACGGUGCAAGCUUUGUGAGCAAAUGUAAUUUGUUACAGCGCAUUAUACAAUACGAGCAGCUUUGUCCUGCAAUUUCUGUAACGUACAAGUUGGUAUUGGGUGUGUUAAACGGUAGGGCAUAACUGAAAUAGAGUCUAGACGAAAUCAAGGAAUGUACAAAUAGGCAAUGUUGCUUCAAAAUGGCAGGUUUAGUACAUAAAAGGUAUUGUUCCCAAACUUAUAUUUAUGUGUUAUGUAAAUCACUUUUACCAUGAUACAUCUUCAGUCCAUGUAAACACGUUAGGCAUUUGGGAAAAAUUGGGGGUAUAUUGCUGCAAAGUUAUUACUUUGAAACAACAAUGCAAAUUUGAGGUUGCCAAAAAAUAAGAUGGGAUUGUUAAAUUUUAUAAAUUUUAAUUUCGUAACUAAUUUUGAUGAAACUUUUUAAAAAUUGUUUCUGUCUACCCUUUCGUUAAAAUGUAUUUUUACUAGUAUUAUCCUUUAUUAUCAUUGUUUAUAAUUGUAUUAUUAUCCUCAUCAUUAUAAGGUCUGCCAUUGAUUUUAUGAUUUUCUUCCAAAAUUAUGCAAAUGUUGUUUCCUAUACAAAUGUUUGUUGUUGUCUUAAUUUUAUUUUGUUAAGAUACUACAUUACGCAUAAGAAUCUUAACAUCUCAUUGAAUCUCCUCGAUUAUGCCUUAGUACACUUUAAAUAUCAUCAACAGCCAAGUUGACGUAAUAAAGCAUUAUAUUCCAAGUGUGGUCAAUGGAUCAAAACUAUUUCUAUUGUAAGUCUGAUGUAUUGUAUUACAAGUAAAAAGUUUCCGAUCACAACAUGGUAGUUUAAUUUUUUGAGAGAUUAUGGUCUAUUUUUAAAAAAUCAAAAGAUCUCUCUCUAAAAAAAAUGUUGAAUCGCCAUUGAAAAUUAACAUAAUGGGUACAUUAUCUACCCGUACACACUCACGUACUAAAACACGCACAGCCAUGCAUACACCCUCACCCACACACACCCACCAAGACAUAUACGCACCGACACCGACUCUCGCAGAAUCUGCAAACUCAACCUCAGAACUAUGACUCAAUCACCCUCCUUCACACACACCCACACACACCAGCCCAUACACACACAUUUAUUCACAGCAUGAACCUACUACAAACACUCUCAUUAUUAUAUAGCCAGUCAAAGCUACACCAAUUGUCCAUCCAAGUACGGUUACCUAUUUUCCUAAGAACUCCCAUUAAUCAAUGGUGAGCAAUAAAUCAAAUAUUGAUCAUGACAAAAAAUGAAAGGUAUAUUUCGCGAGGAAUUCCUGUAGAUUAUUUUGUAAAAGAAAGCACACACACAAAAUGAUG